UACGGAAGUUACACCAUAUGCACACCCUGCGAAAUGGACAUUCAUGGCCGAUUGGAAUACAAAUGCCACCACUGUUCCAUAAUCACGCACACCAAAAGGGAGGCCUCGAAACAUGCCAGAAAGCACUCGGGAAAUCCUUUUUUUCGCAUCACUUGCCCAAUAUGCAAAGCAGUCUUCGCAUCUGUAUGGGGAUGGAGCAGACACCUUAAUGUACACGGCAUUGGGAUGGAAUGCGGCCCCGAAUCGGCUGGACUAGGAUCAGAUACUGCCAACGAAGCAGUAGCUUCCACAUCCCAGCAAAAGCAUGAUGAAUCAGAGACAUGCCAAGAUGUUGAAUCAACUCAUGAAGCUGAUGCAUCUUGCAACGCUGAAGAGGGGCUUGUUUUUGAUGCCCGCAAAGAGUUGGCCUCCUUGGUAUUGCGUCUGCGGGCCAAGAAUGUUACGGAAAGCUCAUGCAGAGAUGUCCUGGAGGCUGUUCAUUCUUUUACCAGUCAUGGGAUCGCAGAAUAUGAGAAAAACAAGCAGGACCAAAGCUCACCAUCGGCUAGUGACUCAGCGUCAGGACCAGACUUGCAGUGUCUGAAAACUUGUGACGCAUUCAUGAGAACUGAUCAUCUUGAAGCCGCAGCUCUAAGAGAGUUUGACUCAACACAGCCGGAAGCAGUCACCAUUGGAAGAGAUGAGAACGGGAGCGAGGAGACUGUUCAGUACGUAUCACUGACUUCUCAGCUCAAAGCAUGUUCAGAAGAACGCAACGUUACGCUAGUAGCCAUGGCACAUUCAGAUUCUGCUGAGCUCCGCGGGCCUCAGGAUGGUUCUGCUCACUCAUACUGUGAUGAUGAAACGCUUCUUCUGGCUAUCUAUUACGAUGGCUUUCAGGUUGGUAAUCCAUUGGGGAAUAAAGCAAAACAGCAUGCGCUUGGAGCUAUUUACUGCAGCAUAGUCAACACAGAGUACCGAGGGAAGAUUGAUGAAAUUUUGUUUGUGCUUCUUUUUCAAGAGAUUCUUCUUAAGAAGUACUCAUGGGAACAAAUCUUGAAACCUCUUUUGGAAGAAGUGCGUGUUCUGGAAGCAGAAGGCAUUGUGCUGAACGGAAAACACUUCAGAGUGCGUCUUUCAGUUGUUCUCGGUGACAACCUGGGCAUCCACACUAUUGCUGGGUUUUCUGCAAAUUUUGCGGGUGGCCCAAUGAUGUGCCGCUUCUGUCACGGUACCAAAGAAGAAAUCCGAACGAAAACACAUGAGCGUGAGUUUCGUCUGCGCACUCGCGAAGACUACGACGCGAGUAUUCGUGUUCUGGAAGAGGAGAACUUUGAAGAGUCAAUGUGCAAAGCUCUGGGGAUAAAGGCAGCAUGCCCGUUCAGCGGAAUGGCAUCCUUCCAUGCGGCUGAAUCAUUCCCACCAGACCUGAUGCAUGACGUGCUGGAGGGUGUGGUGCCAUCGACCUUCAGUCUCGUGCUAGGAAAGAUGCUGUCUGAGAAUGUCGUUGAUGGUGCUGCCCUAAACGACGCAACUAGGAACUUUCCGUAUUCCGCUGUCGACACAAAUCGACCGGGGAAGAUACUUGUGGAUGGGACCAAAGGAAGAUACCAGGUACGGCGCAGCAAGCCAACAGCCAACGAGGCAUGGGUGCUUCUUCGGUUGCUUCCACUGCUCCUGAUCUACGCUGGCGUCGCCGCUGAUUCUCUUGGUCAGUGCGCAGAAUUCAGUCUCAUUGUGCGGCUCAUCGGCAUUAUGCAAACCCUGUCGUCAUUCGUGCUGUACCACGGAGAAAUCAACCGCACACAACAGGAGAUAGAAACGUUUCUAGCUGAUGUGAUGCGCCUCUUCCCGACGUUCCAUCUCACACCGAAGCAUCACUACCUGGUACAUUACCCAAGUCAAUUGUUCAAGCAUGGGCCGCUGCGCCGUCUUUGGUGUAUGAGAUUUGAGGCAUAUCAUCAGGUACUCAAACGCACGAUUGCAAACUCUCGCCAGCGCAAGAACGUUUGCAGGUCAAUCGCCCUCAGACACCAAGUGCAAGUGGUCGCCAAGAACUUGGAGAGCAGGACGAUUUCUUCCAAAGAGCGCUCAGUGUUCAAGGGUUCCAUCCCAGACGGAUGUGAAAGACUGAUUCAGGGUGCAACACUGUACAGAAAAGUGAAGCUGAACGGUGUGGAAUAUCAGUCGUGUGAAGCACUGGUUCUGACGGAUGGGAUGGCAGAAAUUUUAUGUAUCUGUGGAAGGGGCAACUCCCAUUCAUUCUUGGUGAGAGGAUUGGUCGCCACGUAUGAUGCUGUGCUCUGUGCUUUUCGAGUGGCACGAACUACAAACGUGCAGGUAGUGGACUACGCUGCGCUUCAAGAAACAGAGCCCGUUGGCCUGUACGAGGUGCGCAACACGCUGUACGCCGUACCACGUCAUCUCCUGCGGAACACCGACAUGACGACAUACACUGCGAGAUAAUGGCGGACCCCGGGCUCGCACGGGAGUACGUAGUCGCCUGCGAUACCGGAGGCAAAGAACCCGUGCGUAAGCUAGUCAAGUCGAAGAAGACUACGCUCUUACAGACAGCAAAGCGGGUGUUCGGUGUGACAGGGGACGGCUACGAACUCGACUACUACCACCCUAAACUGGAAGUGUAUAUACGUCCCGACACGGCACAAGACAUUCCAGACGACUGUGUCCAGCUCACGAUCCGAUGCACGGGGUGACGGCGACACACCUGCCGCACCUGCGGACCCUGACGAACUUGCUGCACCUGCGGACCCCGACGAACCUGCUGCAACUGCGGACCCCACAAAGGAGAAAAAGCGCGCGCCGUUCAAAGUUGACAUCGAGUCCCUGGACGGCCACCUGGCCAGCAGCCUACAUGGUAUGACGGCCCUGAACAAGUCGGACAGGGUCCGCCUAAUGGACGUGAUACAUGCCCAGUACUGCAAGCAGUACAAAACAAGGUACUUGGGAGACCGAGCUGAAUCCCUCGCAGCAGACAUCGUCCAGCAGUUCGACUGUCUCUUCAUGGGCAUGGACCUCUACGAUCGCAUAAAUAUGACGAGGGUGAUGAUAACCAACAAAUUCAAGAACCAGAGACGCGGCGACACGUCUGAUGAAGUGAUCAGCAAAAAGAGGUCCAAAAAAAGUCUGAUGAACUACCUCCCCAUAGACAAGGAAGUCCGAGAUGCCGGGGAGCUGCGGCAUCAGCUGCGAGAGGGCCUUCUCGAUGGCACGGAACUGAAGGAGGCAAUGGACAAGACCUUCGCCGACCGCCGUCAGCUGGUAAUCAAAAGAAAAAUCGGACUGGCGGCUCUCAAACGCGUCUAUCCCGCCCUCUUCAAUGAAGUGGAGAUCUGGGAAGAACUCGCAAGGGUGCGUGGGGCAAACAGGACCUGGGAAGAGGAGUUGGAGGAAGCGAGGAUGGCGCUCAAAUCCAUGUUGAACGGAGUCGCCUUCUGUGACACUCUGGAUGAAAAGCUGGCACAUGUGCUGAUGGAGAUGAGGGAGGAACACGUCGUGUUCGGGCCGCCAGGAGGCCAGGCUGGCCCACCGACCAUCCACGAAGGGGAACUAUGGGUGGAGGGCGUAAAGGUGGCCCAGUUUGAGAGGUUCAUGUCAAAGGCGGACCAAUAUCUGACCUGGGGGGCGGCAUUCACUGUGUUCGCACAGCGCCUCAGUUUCCGCGCGACGCAAGCAGCUGCCUACUUGGUCAAUGUACACGUUCUGAAAACGGACUCGGUGAAAGCCCCAAAAAACUUCAAGAGAGGUAUGCCGUACCUGCAGUGAAAGGCCACUUCCGCGCCGAGUCGUUACCGGGGCCGCCAGUGACUGGCCCGGCCCCGGGCGGCGGGCGGGCGGGGCGGGCGUACGCGGCGCCGGCCGUUCGGCUUAGCGCCCCUACGAGUGGGAUCUGAAGUGCCGGCUGAGCCCGCGCCGCCAGCCUGAGACGGGCGGCGACGUCUCCGGCUGGCGGCUCUGCGGCUCCGGUCUGGCGCCGGCCGAGCUCCGUACUUUGAUGCGUUGAGGCGCUGCCCGCGGUGUCCGCCGGGCGGCCUCUCGUCCCGCGCGGCGACUGCGGCUGCUGCAGUGCCAAGAUGCAUGCUCUGCAUUUCUGUUCGCACCGAAUCAAUACAGUUGACAGUAAA